GCGGGCCCCAGAGAUCACGCGCGAAUUCUACAACCCGUGGUACAACACCACUCUCGACAUCGCCGCCUUUGGCAUCGACGACACCAUGGAAGAUCCGCCCGAUGCUGACUUGGCCUACAUGGGCGACCGCAGCCUCACGGCCAUCGACGAGGUCGCCCUCGCGGCUGAAGUCGCCAUGACCACGCAGUUCGACACCGACGUCGGCUUCACGAAGAACGCUAGCAAGCGGCAGACCUGGAGCGUCGCUGGCGAUCUACCAGAACGCAUCGAGCACUCUGGCUUCACGGCUGUCCCAACGGAUCUGUCUGCGCCCGUCAAUCCGCGAAAGGGUUGCGCAACGAUCGAGAACGGCAUUGCCAUCCUGGACGGCCUCCCGGGCAGUGUCGCGGUCCGCGCCAUCUUCGCCAUCGGCUGCAUCCGACCACACUGGACCUGGGCAGCGCCGCUGCUGACCUCUGUCCUGGCGGACUACACCAGGCGCUUGUUCCGCGCCAUCAGCACG